AUGAGUGUUCAGACCCCACCCACACUCCUGAAGUUGGCAAGGCAGGCUCUGCUCAGAGAUGAGGCUUUGGCCAUGUCCUCUGUGGAGGAGCUGCCUCGGGAACUCUUCCCAGCACUGUUCAAAGAGGCCUUGGAUGGCAGAAAGACCAUGCUCAUAAAGACAAUGGUGGCAGCCUGGCCUUUCCCCUGUCUCCCUGUGGGAGCAUUGAUGGUGACACCUGACCUGGAAACCUUGAAGGCUGUGCUAGACGGAGUAGACAUGCGACUGACAAGAGAGUUUCACCCCAGAAGGCAAAAGCUUCAGAUUCUUGACUUGAGGAAUGUGAACCAUGCCUUCUGGAACACAUGGGCUGGUGAAGAGGAGUGUGACUAUUUAACUGAGACUGUGGAUGAGAAGCAAGUAGUGACGAUCCUUCCCAGACAUGCGCUGAAGGACUGUCUGAGUGUGGUAGUUGACUUUUACAUCCAUUACUGUCUGAAAGACGAAGAAGCAUGCUUACUGCAGUGGGCUCAGCAGAGAAAGGCCUAUAUAAAUUUCUGCUGUGUGAAGAUGAAGAUCUGGGCUCUGCCUUUCUAUGUUAUCCAAGGAAUUUUGGAGGUUUUCCAUCCUAAGCACAUACAGGAAUUUAAGCUCAACAUAGGGUGGAUUGAGGACACAGUGUCACGUUUUACUCCUUGCUUCGGGCAGAUGACAAAUCUCCAUACAUUGUCCCUGGCACCCACCUACAACAAAACCUUUAAGCAUGGCUGGACCACUAGUCCUAGAGAACAGAAGUAUGUCAACAAGUUCAUUUCUCAGUUCUCCAAUCUCAAGGGUCUCCAGCAUCUCUCCAUGAAGGGCUUGGGCUUUCUCAGAGACCAUAUGAAGCAGCUCUUUGGGUGCCUGAGGAAGCCCUUAGAGACCCUCUCCAUCACUCACUACCAAAUUUCACAGUCAGACUUGGAUUCCUUUUCCUGCUCUCAGAGGCUCUUUCAGCUCAAACAUCUGGACAUGAGAGGCAUAAUCUUAUUGCUUUUAGAUAUAAUGCCUCUCAAAGUUCUCCUAGAAAAUCUGGCAGACACCUUGCAGUCCCUGGACUUAAAGGGUUGUAGGAUGAGUAACUCUCAACUCACUGUUCUCAUACCUGCCCUCAGCCACUGCUCCAAGCUCACAAAAGUCAACUUCUACAACAAUAAUUUCUCCAUGCCCAUCCUGAAGGACUUCUUGAGGCACACAGCCAACUUGAACAAAUUGAAUGUGGAACAGUACCCUGCCCCUCUGGAGUGCUACGAUGACUUGGGUGCCCUCUCCACAGAGCUAUUUGUCCAACUUUGUGCUGAGCUCAUGGAUACACUCCUGGCAGUAAGACAACCCAAGAACAUCUCCUUUGCAUCAGAAGUCUGUGUUAGAUGUCGUGAGCGCUGCGUCUAUGCCCUAGGGCCCAGACUUUGUCUUUGCUGGCAGUAA